UACAUUGGGCAAACCACACCACCCUCUGGAGAGCCCUGCGGUUGCGGACGGUGCAGUUGCCGUACAAAGCGGUGAUACAGCCCUACAGGAUGCUCUCAAUGGUGCAUCUGUAAAAGUUUGUGAGGGUCUUAGGGGCCAAGCUGCAUUUCUUCAGCCUCCUGAGGUUGAAGAGGCGCUGUUGUGCAUUCUUCACCACACUGUCUGUGUGAGUGGACCAUUUCAGAUUGUCAGUGAUGUGUACACUCUUAGAAAGCAGGGUUCCAAAAGGGUUCUUCAGCUGUCCCCAUAGGAGAACCCUUUUUGGUUCCAGAUAAAACCCUUUUUGGUUCCAAGUAGAACCAUUUUUGGUUCCAUGUAGAACCCUCUGUGGAUAGGGUUCUAUAUGGAACCCAAAACGGUUCUACUUGGAACCAAAAGGGUUAUACCUAGAACCAACAAGGAUUCUUCAAAAGGUUCUCCUAUGGGGCCAGCUGAAGAACCAUUUUAGGAUCUAGAUAGCACCUUUUUUUCUAAGAGUGUACACCGAGGAACUUGAAGCUUUUCACCUUCUCCACUGCGGCCCCAUCGAUGUGGAUGAAUACACAUUAGACAUGGGGCCUGAGUGAAAACGUUUGGGAACCCCUGUCUUAAAAUAUACUUGAAUUUUUUCAUAAACAAAAUAAUGGGGAUUGGAUUAAAAAGAGACUUAUGCUCCAGCUGACUGUACUGUGUGUCUUCUCUGUAUCAGGAUGGGGCAUUCCUAAUAAGGAAGAGCUCUGGUCAGGACAGACAGCAGCCAUACACUUUAGUGGUGUAUUACAACAGCAGAGUCUACAACAUCCCAGUGCGCUACAUCCAAGCAUCGCAGCAGUACACUCUUGGAAGGGAGAAGAAAGGAGAGGAGGUAGACAGCGUCUCAUCUUGCUCUAUAACAAUUUCCUGAUAUGAAUGUAAUACUGAUGGUCUGAUUGCUAACCUAUAGGCCUAACACCUCCUAAUGUAUUCCCUCAGCGUUUCACCAGUGUUUCCCACAUCAUUGAGAACCAUCAGAGGAACCCCCUGGUACUGAUUGACAGCCAGAGGAACACCAAGGACUUCACCAAACUGUGCUAUGCUGUGAACCCUUAGGCCUCACUGGAUCCUCACUAGUCCUAUUAGAUUAGUCUAGUCACAUUCACCAGCCAUGGCUAUCCAAGCAAGACCAGAAUUAAGUAAAAUUGUGCCAGUUAAGUAAAAUUGUUAAUGUGGGUGAAUAUUCAAACUUGUGUUGAACAUUUUGCAUUUUAUGGGGUAUUUUCCAACAAGCAUGACAGUGCCAUUAUGUAUUCUUAAAGAAUAACAGAUUGUAGAAAUAUUAUUAAUAGAAUGUAAUGUAGUACAUCUACACUGAACAAAAAUAUAAACGCAACUUGCAACAAUUGUAAAGA